CACGUUGCAGAAAACCCUGUGGGGAGGGAGGAUCCCUGCGACCUGUCAAGGACAGGACAAACUCACUCACAGAAGAUAAAUCAAGGCAUGUAUGUCCAGACGAUAGCUAGCUCAGACCACGUUCGUUCCAAAACCGCGUUUCAGGCGCCGGGGAAAUUUCAAGCGAACGCGGUUCUUCUUGCUUCUUUGCUUCUUUCACUGCUGUUCACUUCCUAAGUGAGGCCUCACCAGCUCUCGCCCCCAAAUUAUGACGUCGGUUGUCACCUCCUGAUCGGAUAAAUCUUUCUCUCUCUCUCGCGAUCUCUGGGUCAGAUCGAUCUGCUUAGGGGUAUUUUCGACUUUUAUUCGGGUCGCGUUUUGCACAGUAUAUUUGUUGAUUCAUUGAUCAUCAUCCAUCCAUCCCUACCUACCUUGCUUCUUUGCUCACGCAAGCAAUUGGAUCUGUAGAACCGGAUCCGUGGAUAUCACCAUAUACGACAGUCGCUAUUAUACACAUACACAUACACGCACAUCUAUAUAUAUAUAUAUACCUACCUUAGUCGUUAGAAGCUUACCGCCAAAAAUGCUGACUAACCGUCGCUCAACGCUGAUGAUACCACCGAACGGCAACAGCCGCGCGAAUAAUCCCGGGGCCGCAGCCGCAGAUACGCUCCUCAGCAGCAGCAGCAGUUUUGCAAAGCCGGACAGCGAGCCCCACUGCACGGCGCCGCCGAUCCUCACGUCCACGCUGUCGACGCUCCCCGGGUACCGCGUCGCGCGCGUCCUGGGCGCCGUGUACGGGUGCACGGCGUACGCGCUCAGAGACACCAAAGCGCUGCUGAAAGCGGCGAAGGCGGCAGGAGGAGGGGGGGGUGAAGUCAGGAGCCUGACGCACAUGACGUACAACGCGCGGGACCAGGCGGCGGAGAGGAUGGCGCGGGACUGCGUGGCGCGCGGGGCGAACGCGGUCGUGGGGCUGGCGUUCGUCGAGAAGGAGGUCUUGGGCUUCGUGCAGGUCUCGGUGUCGGGGACCGCCGUGUACGUCGAGAAGGAGCGGCAGAUGGAGAAUCCGUUCUCGUGACGCGCGGGGAGGGGGGGUCCUUCUAUUCUAUGGAUGUGAUGAUGAUGUUCUGCGCGUUUCGAUAAGAUCGUUCAUGUAUGAUUUGCGCUUCUUGGUGCGCUGGUGUGUGGGCUCGAUAUCUUUUUCUCUUUGGUCGAUAUGGAAUCGCGCAGUUUCAGUAGUACAUAGCUAGGUACUACAUACCUACCUGGUACCUAACCUAACCUGUUGUACGCACUGCUAGUCGAAGACUAUAUUUAGUGCGGUUGCGUAUGCGGCUACAGGUUCGAGGGAGCCUAGACCUAACGCCACGGUCUUGGAACCGGGAUCGCGGAGGUGAGAGGCGUACGGGGUGGGUGUGACGGUUGAAUUGCGGUGGUUAUACAAUACCAUACGUAUACAUAUACCAUUGGCAACAGCACUUGGGUUUCGUCAUUACCCGGGACAGAAAUCAGGUCA